GGCCGCUAGGAGCGAUGGAACGCGCAUUUCUAUAUCGCAUCUAAGAAAGAGGCUGCCACUCAUCUUUAAUAAUCCAGGAAGGAGUGCAGGAACGAAUUCGUCGUGGCACUGGGCAGAUUUUUUUUUAAGCUGGAGUCAUAGAAAAGAAAAAGAAGAUCAGAUAAUGAGACUAACAGGUGUAAAGCUCGCUUUGGUUCUUGUGGUUUUAAUAAUUGCUGUUUAUAUUGCUUCAGAAGUAUUUGAGUUCAAAGGCAGCUUAGAAAAUCUCUUUGUGAGAUCAAUGAUAGAUGCACGACCUACAAAACCUCCAAGAUACAAGUGUGGCCUUUCCAAAGCAUGCCCAGAGAAACAUUUUGCAUUCAAAUUAGCUAGUGGUGCUGCUAGUGUCGUUGGGCCAAAGAUUUGCUUUGAAGACAACAUUGUGAUGAGUGGUGUUAAGAACAAUGUUGGACGAGGGAUAAAUAUCGCCUUAGUAAAUGGGAAAACUGGAGACUUGACAGAUACAAAAUAUUAUGACAUGUGGGCUGGAGAUGUGAAGCCUUUAAUUGAGUUCCUCAAGACAAUAGAGGAAGGAACAAUUGUAUUAAUUGCUACUUUUGAUGAUGGUGCUACUAAGCUAAAUGAUGAAGCAAGAAAGCUGUUAAGUGAUUUAGGUAGUUCAACUAUUAGCACUCUGGCCUUUCGGGACAAUUGGAUUUUUGUUGGAGGGAAAGGAAUUAAAACAAAAAGCCCAUUUGAACAGCAUAUUAAAAAUAAUAGAGACACUAAUAAAUAUGAAGGCUGGCCAGAGGUUUUGGAAAUGGAAGGUUGCAUCCCUCAGAAACAAGACUAGAAUUCUGGUGUAAGAAUGUCAAAUAGUGUGUUUUUUGUGUAUUUUUCGUGUAUUUAUAUAAAAAUCAUCUGAGGACUUAGAGACAGAGUGUGCACAAACUAGUGUAGCAGGAAGUUACUAUCAGUGCUGAAGAUUCACUCUAUAUGUCCUACAGGCAUUAGCUUCUGAAAAAAUUACUAAUAGUAAUUGUUUGAAGGCUUUUACUGUUUUUUGUAACAUUGUCAGUACAUUCUUCUCAGCUGUUAGUUUUUGAUUGAAUAAUGAAAGUUUUGCAUUUAAACACAGAAUGAUCACACAUGAAAAUUCUCAAAACCAGUACAUCUCGUUAAACAUCAUCUAUUAAAACAUUUUGCUCUAUUUGCACAUCCAUACAUGUAUAUUUGGAACGGCAGUCACUUAGUUUUAUUUAUACUGUAGAAAAAAAUGGUAAAAAUGAAUAAUAAAAAAAUAAAAACUAAGAGCAAUCCCAACUUUAAGAUAUGUAUAUACUGCUUUGGGUAUAUUGCUGCAGGAUUUACUUGAAAGCUAGAGAGUAUAUUGGUGACUGGUAUGUAGGUAUAUUGUUUGUAUUGAGUACCUAAUUAAAUUAUCGUUAGGUUCGCUCUACAGUUGUCUUUUGGCAAUAACACAAUUUUAUGUACAUUCUGGCCAGAAUCUGGUUUCAGACCUUAGUUUUAUUAAUAUUAGAAGUGUUUAGUGUAAUACAAGUAUUCAUAGAGAUAGUUGAGAGGUUUAUGUUCUACCGAAAAUUUUAUUUCUAUUUAUUUUUUAACUUUCUAAGUUUUUUUUUUUUUUCGUCAAAUUCUCAGAAGGUUAGAUGAAAAUACUAAUCGUUUUCAUUUAGCGAUUGUAAUGUUUGCUCAUGUUAAUUAAAAAAAUCUUUUUUUUAAGGAAAAUUACACUUUUUUCACUAUUUUAAUCAGUAAUGCAAAUCAGCAGCAGGAUAGAUAAUAAUAAAUUCAAAUUUUGUCACUGAACACUGAUAUUUGCUGUUUUGUUUAAAAUAUUUAUAUUUCUGUAUACAGUAUGUACUUGCUCUUAUGCUGUAUAAGGUGCACUAUGUUCAGUAAACCAGUUUUAUGAUGGAGAGUGCAUGAGCAAUUGGUCAUUUGAUAACCACAUCAUUUAUGACAUACUGAAAGCUUGAUUCAGUAUUCUCUAGUUUUGUAUUAUGAACUAAUUUAUGUUUUAAAAAGAAAACCAGAGCAAAAAUGUAUUUAAAAAUUGAUUUUCUGGUCACUGGAAAACAUCUGGAUUUUGAUUUUUUUUCUUGCAAAAUGUAAUCUUAACAGAAUACUAAUCUUUAGAUCAGCAAUAAUGCUCUGUUUAUUUCUGAGAGACCUACUCUGCUUCAGGUAUCUUUUUUUUUUUUUUAAACCUGCAGUUAAGGAAUUUGAAAGGUUUUAAAAAAUAUUCUGUUAUAGGUCCAUCAAAUGAUGGCUUUUCUGUCAUUUCAGCUGGAAAAAUGCUUUUUCCUCCUUGUCACAAUAUCCUGCCAUGUAGGUGACUGUUAUAGAAAUAUGUAUAUUAUAGCUGUAUACUGUUUCUCCUCUCUGUCUUUAAGCUAGAAUCACAUAUGAUUAAAAGAAGUGCACCACAUUAGUGCUUGGGAUGUCUAUGGCAAGGGGAAAAGCCGCUGUUACAAUGCAAGUCAUUUAAAAUGCCUUUCAUUCUCCAGGAAAACCAACUUUCUUGAGAAAGUACUGAAUACUUGCAAAAUGUCUUUCAUUUUGCAUUUUAUAAUGUAAAGUGAUUUGUUUCUUGCACCUACCAUUUGACAACAAUCCUAUCAAAAAUGUUUAUUGGCAAAGAUCACUUUCUGUAUAUAUUCUUUUGUAACAAUGCCUUAAAUAUUAUUGUAACAGAUACUCAAAAUAAAUGAAUCAAGGAAAAAAAAAUGAGGAAAAGGAAUAAUUAUGUUGAGUUUCAGGCUUCACAAAAUUAAAACAUCUCAUUAAAUUAGGUGAACAUUUGCUUGAAUUGAAACUGCUGCUUUAGAAGUAUUGCACCCCUGUGAACUGGCAAGCUGAAGAGCGGUGGUAGCAUUUUACUGUUUCUGCAGCCCUUACUUGACUUGUCUCAUUCAGAUUGUGAAAUUUAUGGUAUUCUUUGAAUCUUUCUAGACCAGAAAAUAUUUUGUUUAAAAUGACAUGAUUUCAUGAUCUAUUUUAGCAUUUUUUGGUACAUGUCGUUUUGUAUAUAAAGCUAUGGUGCAUUUUCAUGAAAUGCUGCUGUGGUACUGGAGACUCUGAACCUGAGCUGCCACAAGUUAAAUCUUUUCAUUGCGCUGUCUCUACCUGUUCUGUUUUUCUUAUGUAUCUGUCCUGUGGUGAGGCUAGUGCACCAUGAAGUUAUUGAUAUAUAUAUUUUUAUUAUUUUUUUAAACCUUUUUUGAUCCAGUGGUUAAUUAUCUUAGGCAAAUUGUGGAGAUGAAUAUAAAUAAAAUGACAGGACGUUCAACCCAAUGCAAUUAAUAAUUUAACUCUGUGGUCAUUCAAGAAUUUACUUUUAUUUGUUUUUGAGUAAAGCCACGUUUAUUUGUUCAUCUCUAAGAGACAGGCCACAGAGUUAAAUGCAUUUGUAUCCACAGUUGGAUUUGUACAAGUUUAGCAAACACACAAAUAUGUAAACUACAGAACUAGCAAAGCACUUUUGGUAACACAGGAGGUAAUUUAAUAAGGUGUGUCAGUUGAACUCUUCAUUUCAAUGAUGUUGUUAAUAGUAUAAGCAUAAGUUAAUUUUAUCUGCAUAGCACAUCCGGCGUGGCAGGUGUAGAACAGUAUUCAACAAGUUUAGGUUACAGUUAGCCACUGCAAAACUCUGAAUAUUACUCUUUGUAAUCGUCAAGUUUGCAUUUGAGAUUUUCUAACAAAUUAGUUGGUUUCAGCUUUAAUUAUGAAGGACAAAGCACUUAAUAAUAGUUUGUAACUAAUUUACAAAUACUUUUCAUAGUACAGUAUUUCAGCCUGCAUUUGAUGCAUUGUAAAUUUUUCAAUAAUGCGCUUGCUUGAAAUUAUAAAUGCUCAUUUUCAAAUAAGCAGUUAGUAAGUGAUGCGUCUUAAUGUGUUUUGGUGAUAGUCUAUUAUCCAUUCUGAAGGGAAUUUGAAAUUGUUAGAUUUUUUUUUUCCCUUUUUAUUUACUUAUUUCAAAUUUAAAUGAAAAUUCCAUUUCUACAGUUUGCAGAUACCAAGAUUUAUUUUGAAAACCUGUAAUAAUUGUGUUAAUAACAUUGUACAAAAGGGUGCUAUGUAGCCUCUAACAUAAAAGGCAAGAAUAUGUUUAGUCUUUAACCAAAGCUCUGUGGUAGAUGAAGAAGUAGAGCUAUAUCUGGUUUUACUUGACCGAAGGGUGUUUUCAAUGCUGUCUUAUUUUUAUGAUCUAGAAUGCUUUAUUUUAGUUAUUUUUUUAAUUGAGAAUUACCACCUGUAUUUUCAUACGACUUGGUUGCAAAUCUUUGCUUCUUAUUAUGUAAAAAAAAUGAAUAUGUAAAUAAAUUCUGUAUAUAUACAA